AUGGAAGACUCCCUUUCUUUGUCUCUGAAAGUGAUCUCUUCUCUUGCCCUUAUGGGAGUGGUUUGCUUCUUUGUUCAUCUCUACAACACCAUGUGGUUUAAGUCGGAAAGGCAGAGGAGGAAGCUGUGGAUGCAGGGUAUCAGAGGUCCGUGGCCUUCAUUUAUAUACGGCAACCUCCCUGAGAUGCAGAAGAUCCAACAGGAAGCCGCCAGGACUCCUGAUAAUGAUCAAAUCGUUGGUCACGACUACACUUCCUCUCUCUUCCCAUAUUUCGUACAGUGGAGGAAGGAAUACGGCCCAAUAUACACGUAUUCAACGGGGACAAGACAACACUUAUAUGUGAACCAGCCAGAGCUAGUGAAGGAAAUGAACCAAUGCAUUACUUUGGAUUUAGGCAAGCCUUCUUAUAUAACAAAGAGACUAGCACCCAUGCUGGGGAACGGCAUUUUGAGAUCCAAUGGCCUCGUUUGGGCGCAACAGAGGAAAAUCAUUGCACCUGAAUUCUUCAUGGACAAGGUCAAGGUGAUGGUGGGGCUAAUGGUGGAGUCGAUACAACCUCUUGUAAGAAAAUGGGAGGAUAGCAUUGAGGCACAAGGCGGGGUGAUGGCGGACAUUAGAGUGGACCAGGAUUUGAGAGGCUUCACAGCAGAAGUCAUCGCUAGAGCUUGUUUUGGGAGCUCUUAUUUUAAAGGCAAAGAGAUCUUUUCCAAGCUAAGGAAACUUCAAACAGUCAUAUCCAGGGAAAGCUUCCUUUUCGGAGUUUCUGGAUAUGGACUUCUACCAAUGAAGAAGCAAAAUGAGAUCACUAAUUUGGAGAAGGAGAUAGAGUCAUUAAUCUGGGAAACAGUGAAGGAACGCGAAAGAAAAUGUAUAAAGGCAUCUUCAUUAGAAAAAGAUCUAUUGCACCUGAUAUUAGAAGGGGCUUUGAAUGAUCAAAGUCUUGAUAAGGAUUCAUCCAAGCGUUUCAUAGUUGAUAAUUGCAAGAACAUAUACUUUGCUGGCCAUGAGUCUACUGCUGUCGCUGCCUCUUGGUGCCUUAUGUUACUCGCUCUACAUCCUGAGUGGCAAUCUCGUAUCCUGACAGAAGUGGCUCAAGUUUGUGGAGAUAAAUUGCCAGAUGCAGACUCGGUCUCCCACAUGAAAAUUGUAACCAUGGUGAUUCAAGAAACUUUGCGUUUAUAUCCACCAGCGGCAUUUGUGUCAAGAGAGGCAUUAGAGGAGAUCCAACUUGAAAAUGUUACUAUUCCCAAAGGAGUAUGCCUAUGGACUCUUAUACCAACUCUACAUCGAGAUCCUGAGAUUUGGGGUUCAGAUGCAAAUGAAUUCAAGCCAGAGAGGUUCAAUGAUGGCGUCUCUAAAGCUUGCAAGUUCCCUCAAGCCUAUAUCCCAUUUGGAUUGGGUCCUCGCUUGUGCUUGGGCAGAAACUUAGCAAUGGUUCAGCUAAAAAUUGUUCUUUGCCAUAUAAUCUCCAAAUUCACUUUCUCUCUAUCGCCAAAGUAUCGGCAUUCUCCUGCUUACAAAAUGAUUGUAGAGCCUGGAAAUGGUGUACAUAUUCUAAUUAAAAAGAUCUAACUUCCUAAGUUACAAGAUAGGAAUGUAGUUUCUUUUGUUCUUAGUUUGGUUUUUUUUUUCUUUCCAUUUCGUGUUUGGUAUGGUUGUUUAAUUUGAAUCUGUUAGUUGCGUGAAAGCUUCUAUAAAUUGCUUCUAAUUGCAUGCAAGUUUGAGCUUGGGUUGGAUUGA